AUGGAUAAUGUUUGCUCAUAUUUUAAUGGUUUUAUUUAGGGAACAUCAAAUCUUGAAAAAUGUUAAAAAGAAUGCUAACCAACAUUUUAUUAAAAUAUGGAGGCUUAAACUUGUGAAGAUACCAUAAGUUGCAUAUAAAUUCAAGAAAGCAAGAGAUUCUCUUUUGAAAAAAGAGUAAUAGAAGUCUAAUAAAUAAAUUAAAAUUAAUAUUUAGUAGAAGCAUAUGGUUGCACUUUUGCUUUAUUAGACUAAAAUUGGAACAUAAUAAAUGUGCAAGUCUUGUAAAAUUUAGAAAAUUACAAUGAUUUAUAUGUUGUUAAUGGAUAUGAAAUUUAGAGAAAUAGUUUUAUAGUUGGAGAUUAAGGGGGAUGUUCUGCAGGGAGCAAGAUAGUAGUUGUUAAUUUUAAAACACUAGAACUAUCUCAUGCAGACAGAUUUUUUUGGUGA